UGCUGCUUUAAACCUGCCUGCUAGGAACAACCUACAGGUUUUAGGCUGAAGUGCACGGCAAUACACGGAAUGGUGCUUCCUUCAGGUAAAGCAGACCAGCAAUGUGCCCAUCAUGAUGGAACUUGCCUGUAAGGAAGAACACAGGAGCCUAGAGAUUUAAGCUGGGGCAUGCAUGCAAUUAAACAGCACAGAAGGAAGCCGCAUCUCUCUGACCUAUUAAUGGAUCAUCAUGGCUGGAUAUAAUCUGACAUUCUGAAUGGCCUUUCCCGGCAUCCUUUAUGUUGCUAUGAAUUGAAGAGUGUUCCCUCUAUUAAAAAACAAAACAAAACCCUGAAGUGUAAUUAGUGGCCAUGAGAAAGGAAUCCGGUCACAUGCUGGUGUUUUGCUGACAGCUUGUGCAGCAGAGGGAUUUUCUUCCCAUCAGAAGGCAAGAUGAAUAAGAAAAUGUCGUGGAGCAGAAUCAAGGAAUAGGCGAGAGCAGGAGGUCCUCUCUGCUUGGGAUUCUGCCCCUCUUGCCACGCCGUCUCACGAUGUCAAAGAAGGGUGCCAGCUUUCGAGCUAAAGGAGAAAGACCGGAUGCCUUAGCUGCCUUGCAAGCUGCUAAUGAAGAGCUCAGGGCAAAACUAACAGAUAUUCAAAUAGAGCUCCAGCAAGAAAAGAGUAAGGUCAGCAAAUUGGAGAGGGAGAAAAAUCAGGAAGUGAAGCUGAUCAAAGAACACGAACAGCACAAAAACACAGUGACUGUGACGGAGCUCAAGGCUAAACUUCAUGAAGAAAAAAUGAAGGAGCUCCAAGCUGUUCGCGAGGGACUUUUAAGACAGCAUGAAGCUGAGCUUCUUAGAGUCAUAAAAAUCAAAGAUAAUGAAAUUCAGAGACUUCAGGCCUUACUCAAUGUUGUCCGGGAUGGGACGCCUGAUAAGGUUAAGACGAUGCUCUUCUGCGAAGCAAAGGAGGAGGCCAAGAAGGGAUUUGAGGGUGAGAAAACCAAAAUGCAACAGGAAAUUUUGGAGCUUAAGGGGGCUAAAAAACAAGUGGAAGAAGCUUUAUCUGUGGUCGUGCAAGCUGACAAAAUCAAAGCAGCAGAGAUACGGAGUGUAUAUCACCUUCACCAAGAAGAGAUUACCAGGAUAAAGAGAGAGUGUGAGAGGGAAAUUCGCAGAUUGAUGGAGGAGAUCAAAUUUAAAGACAGAGCAGUCUACGUGCUGGAAAGAGAGUUAGGGGUUCAAGCCGGGCAUGCUCAGAGACUUCAGCUCCAAAAGGAGGCUUUAGAUGAACAACUUUCCCAGCUCAGAGAGGCUGACCGGCAUCUGAGCAGCCCCAAGCGGGAACUUCCUCAUGCAAGUGGUGCAGGAGACACUUCAGAUCAUUCAGGAAGUCCUGAACAGCAGUUGGAUGAGAGGGACGCCCGGCGCUUCCAACUUAAAAUAGCUGAAUUAAGUGCAAUCAUCAGGAAACUGGAAGAUCGGAAUGCAUUACUGUCAGAGGAACGAAAUGAGCUUUUGAAGCGUCUGAGAGAAGCUGAGAGCCAGUAUAAACCGCUUCUAGACAAAAAUAAACGCCUAAGUAGGAAAAAUGAGGAUUUGUCUCAUGCCUUACGUCGUAUGGAAAAUAAGCUAAAAUUUGUCACACAAGAGAAUUUAGAAAUGAGACAAAGGGUGAGAACAAUAAGGAGACCAAGCUCUUUAAACGACCUUGAUCAGAGUCAAGAUGAAAGAGAAGUCGAAUUUCUGAGGUUGCAAAUCAUAGAGCAGCAAAAUAUCAUAGAUGACCUUUCGAAGACACUAGAAACUGCUGGCUAUGUGAAGAGCGUAAUAGAGAGGGAUAAGCUUCUAAGGUAUAGGAAACAAAGGAAGAAAUUUGCAAAAUUUCCCAAGAAGCCAGUGGUGGAGACAUUUUUCGGGUAUGAUGAAGAAGCUUCCCUUGAGUCUGAUGGCUCUUCUAUCUCAUAUCAAACUGACCGAACUGAUCAAACACCCUGCACACCGGAUGAUGACUUGGAAGAGGGCAUGGCAAAAGAAGAAACAGAACUGAGAUUCCGGCAGCUGACGAUGGAAUACCAGGCCUUACAGAGGGCAUAUGCUCUGCUGCAAGAGCAGGUUGGAGGAACGUUGGAUGCAGAACGAGAAGUUAAGACUCGUGAGCAGCUUCAAGCAGAAAUCCACAGAUCCCAGGCUCAGAUAGAUGACCUAGAAAAGGCACUUGCGGAGCAAGGACAGGAUAUGAAGUGGAUUGAGGAAAAACAAGCAUUAUACCGAAGAAAUCAAGAGCUUGUAGAAAAGAUAAAACAGAUGGAGGUAGAAGAGGCUCGGUUAAAGCAUGAUGUUCAGGAUGCUAAAGAUCAAAACGAACUCUUGGAAUUCAGGAUAUUAGAACUGGAAGAGCGAGAGAGAAGGUCUCCAGCUAUCAAUUUUCAUCACAUUCCUUUUACUGAAGGGAAAAGCCCCCUCCAGGUCUACUGUGAGGCAGAAGGAGUAACAGACAUACUAGUGGCAGAGUUGAUGAAAAAAUUGGACAUUUUAGGGGAUAACGCCGUAAGUAACCUAACGAAUGACGAGCAAGUAGUUGUUAUACAAGCUCGGACAGUUUUGACACUGGCCGAAAAGUGGCUGCAGCAGAUAGAAGUAACAGAAUCAGCUCUACAGCAGAAGAUGAUAGAUCUAGAAAACGAAAAGGAACUAUUUAGUAAACAAAAGGGAUAUUUGGAUGAUGAACUUGAUUACAGGAAGCAGUCCUUAGACCAAGCACAUAAGCACAUUUUGGAAUUGGAAGCCAUGCUUUACGAUGCCCUGCAGCAGGAAGCGGGAGCCAAAAUGUCCGAAAUCCUCUCAGAAGAUGAAAGAGAGAAGCUGAAGAAUGCUGUGGAACAAUGGAAGCGUCAGGUGAUGAGCGAACUCCGAGAAAGGGAUGCCCAGAUCCUCCGUGAACGAAUGGAGCACAUUCAGCAUGCGCAACAGAGAAUUAAAGAGCUAGAAGAAAGAAUUGAAGCUCAAAAAAGACAAAUAAAGGAAUUAGAAGAAAAGUUUUUAUUUUUGUUUUUAUUUUUCUCUUUAGCUUUCAUUCUUUGGUCAUAGUACGCCCACGCAACGGCUAGAGCCCAGAGAGAAAUCUAGGAAAUCUGUCUCAUAUGGAACAAUAUAACAAUGGUA